CAUUUUAUAAAACUCAACCUCAGCAACUUAUCAUCAUCAUCAACAACCAUCAUCAUCGGAGGCUAUGCUUCGUUCAAUCUCAUCUUCAAUCAAACCACCUCUCUCAAAACUUAUCAAAUCUCAACGUGGCUUUUCAACUACUCAAUCAUGUUCUAAAAUCAUCUCAACCCAACCACUCAAAGCUUCUCAAGCACCAUCCAUCAUCUCAUCCGGAAAAUAUCCUAUCAUCGAUCAUGAGUAUGAUGCAAUUGUCGUAGGAGCUGGUGGGGCUGGUUUGAGAGCCGCCUUUGGACUUGCUGAGGCUGGUUUGAACACGGCUUGUAUCACCAAAUUAUUCCCUACUCGAAGUCAUACAGUCGCUGCUCAAGGUGGUGUCAAUGCUGCGUUAGGUAACAUGACUGAGGAUGAUUGGCGAUGGCACAUGUACGACACUGUAAAGGGUUCCGAUUGGCUGGGAGACCAAGAUGCAAUCCAUUACAUGUGCAAGGAAGCACCUCAAGCAGUCAUCGAGCUCGAGCACUUUGGUGUGCCCUUCUCUCGUACCAAGGAUGGCAAGAUCUACCAACGUGCUUUUGGAGGUCAAUCCUUGAAAUACGGAAAGGGUGGACAAGCAUACAGGUGCGCGGCUGCCGCGGACCGAACCGGACAUGCCAUCCUUCACACACUUUAUGGUCAAUCAUUACGACACAAUACAAAUUUCUUCGUCGAAUUCUUUGCACUCGACUUGAUCAUGGAUGAUGCCGGUCGAUGUGUGGGAGUGACAGCUUACAACCAAGAAGAUGGAACGUUACAUCGGUUCAGAGCUCAUCAAACCGUUCUUGCUACUGGUGGUUACGGACGUGCUUACUUCUCAUGUACCAGUGCUCACACUUGUUCUGGUGAUGGUAAUGCUAUGGUCACAAGAGCCGGUUUACCCUUACAAGAUUUGGAAUUCGUUCAGUUCCACCCUACUGGAAUCUACGGUGCUGGUUGCUUGAUUACUGAAGGUUCUAGAGGAGAAGGAGGUUACCUACUUAACUCUGAAGGCGAACGAUUUAUGGAACGAUACGCACCUACCGCUAAAGAUCUGGCUUCUCGAGAUGUCGUAUCACGAUCCAUGACGAUUGAGAUCCGCGAAGGUAGAGGAGUUGGACCAGACAAAGAUCACUGCUAUCUUCAACUAUCUCAUUUACCUCCAGAAGUUCUUCACGAGCGAUUACCAGGAAUUUCUGAGACUGCUGCUAUCUUUGCUGGCGUUGAUGUCACAAAAGAACCUAUCCCUGUCUUGCCAACUGUGCAUUACAACAUGGGAGGUAUUCCUACCAACUAUCACGGUCAAGUGAUCACUCAAGACUCCAAGACCGGGGCAGACAAGAUUGUGCCUGGGCUCUACGCAGCAGGUGAAGCAGCUUGCGUAUCCGUCCACGGUGCUAACCGUCUCGGCGCAAACUCUCUACUCGACAUCGUCGUGUUCGGUCGAGCAUGCGCCAAACACAUUGCUGCUAACCUUGAACCGAACCAACCUCACGCCAAGAUUGCUGAGGAUGCUGGUAUGAAAUCGAUUGAUGAUCUUGAUCGACUCAGAAAUGCCAGUGGACCUAAACCUACCGCCGAGAUCCGAAGCGAUAUGCAAAAGGUGAUGCAAAGUGAUGCGGCUGUCUUCAGGACUCAAUCCAGCUUGGAAGAGGGAGUCACAAAGAUCAACAAAGUGGUAGACUCUUUCAAAGAUAUUGGAGUGACUGAUCGAAGUAUGAUCUGGAACACUGAUUUGGUUGAGACACUCGAACUCCGAAACUUAUUGACUUGCGCUGCUCAGACCAUGGCAUCUGCUGAAGCUCGAAAAGAAUCACGUGGAGCUCAUGCUCGAGAAGAUUUCCCUGAAAGAGAAGAUGACACCUGGAUGAAGCACACUUUAUCAUGGCACGAACCUGAAGCUGGCAAGCCUGUGAAAUUAACCUAUCGGGAUGUGAUUAGCAACACAUUAGAUGAGAAUGAGUGUAAGAGUGUUCCACCUUUCAAGCGAACAUAUUGAAGAAACCCUCGCAACAAGUUUUCAAAAUCAUUUUUUUAACCAAAAUUCAAGAGACAGACAGAGAGAAGAUCACACUAAAAAGAGUUUUUUCUUUAAAACUUUCCAUCACUCAAAUGUGUUGUGUAUUCCACUUUUUCCAUAUUUUGUUAUUACAUUUUUUUUUGAGUGUCAGAUUUUGAAUUUGUUUUUUUUGAUGUAAACAAUGAAUUCAAAAGUUUACACAGGUGAUUUCUUUUAUGUGCAUUGAUUUUUUUUCAAUUUUGUUUUUGGUUGAUUGAAAAAGAAAAAGUUAUUUUUUUUGAGCAUCUUUUAACCAGAAAGAUAUUUUGAUAUAUGGCGAUAUGUGUAGAUAAUUGAUGUUAUAUUGCAUCAUUGGUACGGCGUU